UCUAACAGAGGCACACCACAAAGAACAGACAAAGAAACUUUUGAGCUGGACCUAUUUCCUAUUCUUGGAUUGUUUUCUCAAAUCAGGGUCUUCAUGUGUAUGGAUCACUUUGUCAAAACAUAGUGUGGAUGUUUGAUUGUGGAGUGUAAAUGUAACUGCUGUAGACAUGGAUACAUCAUUUACUGUGAGACCUCUUGUCCUUGCCCUUCUGCUCUCCCUUCAUCUGCACUUACACCUUUUUGUUUGGGCUGCUAUGGACUCCUGCUAUGAUGAGGAGGGUGUGCCAAGCAGCUGUAUGCCCAAGUUUGAGAAUAUUGCCUUCAGUCGCACGGUGGUGGCUUCCAAUGUGUGUGGUUCUCCACCUGAGGACUACUGCAUGCAGACAGGGUCAACUCGUUCAUGCCACAUCUGUGAUGCCUCAGAUCCAUACCUAAGCCACAAUACCAGCCUCCUGACAGACUUCCACCGGAAUGAGGAGCCCACAUGGUGGCAAAGUCAGUCCAUGUACUUUCGUAUCCAAUAUCCCAACUCCGUGAACCUCACCCUUCACCUCGGGAAAUCCUUUGAGAUAACCUACAUACGACUGAAAUUCUACACCAGUCGACCAGAGAGCUUUGCCAUCUACAAGCGUACAGAAAACGAUGGGCCCUGGUUACCUUACCAGUAUUACAGCGCUUCUUGUCGAAAGACCUAUGAGAGAGACGCUAAAGGUUACAUUCGCCCAGGGGAUGAUGAAAGGACUGCUUUAUGUACAGACGAGUUCAGCGAUAUCUCACCCCUCACUGGAGGAAACGUGGCUUUCUCCACACUGGAAGGUCGGCCCAGUGCCUACAACUUUGACCAAAGCUUGGUGUUGCAGGAAUGGGUGACAGCCACUGACCUGCUCAUCUCUUUGGACAGGCUUAACACCUUUGGAGAUGAGUUUUUCAAGGACGCUAAAGUGCUGCGCUCGUACUUCUAUGCCAUCUCUGAUUUCUCUGUGGGUGGCAGAUGUAAGUGUAACGGCCAUGCCAGCGAGUGCAUUGAGCGAGAACAUGGUAACCUGGUCUGCGCCUGCCAGCAUCACACAGAGGGAGCCAACUGCCAGAGAUGUCACCCCUUUUACCAGGAUAGACCCUGGGCCAGGGCCACUGGGGACUCUUCCAAUGAGUGUUUGAAGUGUAACUGCAGUGGGAGAUCAGACCAAUGUGUGUUUGACAUGGAACAGUACCGGAGCACUGGCAGUGGGGGGCGAUGUGUGAGCUGCAGAGACAACACCGAUGGGCCCCACUGUGAGCGCUGCAGAAAUGGCUACUACCGGAAAUCUACAGAAGAUCCCUGCCUACCCUGCAACUGCAAUGUCAACGGAUCUGUGAGUCUACAAUGUGAUGUAGAAGGAAGGUGUGCUUGUCGGGAAGGUGUGACAGGAGAAAAGUGUAACACAUGCCAGGCUGGCUUUCACUCGAUAGGCCCCGGUGGCUGCAGGCCAUGUGAAUGUGACCUCAGUGGCAGUGUGGGUGACUGCUCUGCUCUGGAUGGACGCUGUUACUGUAAGCAAAAUGUGGAGGGACAGAACUGCAACAGAUGCAAGCCAGGAUUUUUCAAUCUCCAGCAAAUAAACCCAGCAGGCUGCCAACCGUGCUUCUGCUAUGGCCACUCGCUGGCCUGCUCCUCGUCCAAUCACUAUGCUGCUGUCAACAUCACUUCUGACUUCGUUGAAGAUCAAGAAGGCUGGUUGGGAGAGUUUUCUGGAGGGCUGGACUACCCCCUGCUGUGGAAGGAAGGUGAAGUCUACCUGCUGCCUCUUACAGAAGAGGACACUGGCUUCUACAAAGCCCCCGUGAAAUUCCUGGGUCACAAAGUCUACAGCUAUGGCCAGCUUCUCUUCAUCACCUUUGCCUCUGAGACCCCCGAGCUGCUGCCCGACCACAUCGCCCUGGUCCUCGAGGGCUCUGGAAUCACUCUGUCUGCUGACCUUUCAUCCCAACCAGUGCUUGGUUGUCACCCUGGCCUCACACCACGGCACUCUUUCACCAUCAGGCUUGAUGAAAACGAGAAGAGAUUUAAACCUGCUCUUUCUGCCUUUGACUUCCAACUCCUCCUUUACAACCUGACGGCUCUCAAGAUCAGCAAUGCUGGGGGACACAACUACACAUCACAGCUCGCAGGAGUAACCAUGACCUCAGCAGUCGUCUCAGCUGACCCAGCCUUUCCUCCUGCUCUGUGGGUGGAAUCCUGUUCCUGUCCCCCGGGCUUUGCGGGCCAGUUUUGUGAACAGUGUGCCCCCGGAUUUACCCGGGAAGAGCCUGCUAGAGGGCCUCUCUCGACAUGCGUUCCAUGCAACUGCCACCAGCAUGGAACGUGCCAUCCAGAGACAGGUGUAUGUGAAUGCUCAGACUUCACCACCGGGACGACCUGUGAGCGCUGCCUGGAUGGUUACUAUGGCAACUCUUUGAUUGGCACACCUGGUGAUUGUCAGCCUUGCCCUUGCCCAGGCCAGACCAGCUGUGUCCAAAUUGCAGAGACAGGACAGGUGGUCUGUACCAACUGCCCUGCAGGACAGACAGGAAUGCGCUGUCAGAGGUGUGAAGAUGGCUACUAUGGUGACCCCCUAGGGCUCUCAGGGGCAGCUCAGCCAUGUGCGAGAUGCAACUGCAAUGGUAAUGUGGACUUCAACGCGGUGGGAAUAUGUGAUCACGUCACUGGGCGCUGUCUGAAGUGCCUGGGACACACGGAGGGAGAUCACUGUGAACGCUGCCAGCAGGGUUUUUACAGCAACGCCCUGGACCAGACAGUGGGCCAGAAGUGCAAGUCAUGCAGCUGCAGCUCUGCUGGAACAUCUGGGCAUGUAAAUGAAUGCCAUCCUCAGACAGGAAAUUGUCAUUGCCUCAGUCAUGUGACCGGACGGGAUUGCAGUUAUUGCGAAGUUGGCUUCUUCAACCUCCAACCAGGCAUUGGAUGUGAAAUAUGCAAAUGUAAUCCAAUUGGCUCAUCGUCACUGGCAUGCCAUCCAAUCACAGGGCAGUGUGUGUGUCGCACAGGAGUGGAGGGGAGACUGUGUGAUACUUGCCGUUUGGGCUUCUUUGGAUUCUCAUCACGAGGUUGCAGAGCCUGUAACUGUGACCCGAUGGGCUCCGUUUCUAUGCAGUGUCGCAGUAACGGCACCUGCCACUGCCGCCAGGGCUUUGUGGGUUACAAGUGUGACAAAUGUGAGUUAAACUAUUUCCACAACAGAGCCACACACCAGUGCGAGGAAUGCCCAGUUUGUUAUGGCCUUGUCAAGAAACAGGCGGAAAAGCUCAGGACUCGGCUGCAGGAUUUGGAAAAGCUCCUGGCUCACUUUGAUUGCAGAGGUAGAUUCGGGAAGCGGCACCACCUGCUGAAGUAUCACAUGGCCAGGCUUUAUGAGCAUGAGCACCAAAGGGAGGAUACUCUGCCCAAUGCUCUGGAGGAUUUUCUGGCCUUCCAAGAGGCACGGGAGGCCUUAAUAAAACAAUUUUCCUUGCUGGAAGCUUCUACAGGCACACUUUUAGCCCAGCUGCAUGGCAUUACAUCUUCUUUGAACUGCAGCAUCAGCAUGACAGAGGAAGAGGGGAAGGAGAGGAGGAAGGAUGAAAGCAGCGGGGCUGUGUGUCAGACCUUCACAGACACUCUACACAUGAUCAGAGUGUCUCAGAAACAACUGAAGCAGGCAACACAAGACCUGGACAAUAUGCUCAUUCCUUUUGAGGCAGUGUCACGACCCAACAAAUGGAACAUUAUGGUCAAUGACUCACAGGUGCUAAUGAAAAGUCACAGGGAAACAGCGGACCACAUCGAGGCUAUAGCCGACAGGGCAGUAAGAGCCUCAAAGCAGACCUAUAGCUCACUGAUGGAUCUACUGCAGGACAACUCUACAGAGGAGUACAUCAGGAACCUAACGGAGCAAAUCACACAGAUGCAGCAGCAGAAGGAGAACCUGACGGUGCAGGUGAACGAUACUGUAGCCGAACAGCUGGCCCUGGAGGAAGAAGCUGCUGGUUUAAAGCUUGCCUUGGGUAACAUCACAUCAUUCUUACAUCAGCUGGCUCUGACAGAUGCCAGCCCAUAUCCGGAGGCUGAUCACACUCAGUUCAACCAAACCAAACAUCUAACCAACUUUACAACAGAGUGGGGUGAGACCCUGGUGAAACAGACAAAAGAACUGGACCAGCAAGUUCAGACUCAAGACGGUCUCAUUGCUAAGGUCAGAGAAGUGGUGGAGCCUUUACUACAGACAGUCAACAACAGCAUGGAAAGCGUGAAUAACGUCAGCAAGCUGCAAACUCAAGCUCACGGAGCAAAAGUUGUGACUUUGUCAUCAGUUGUGACAGGCAAAGAGGUGGAAUCAGAAGCAAUCUCUCUUCACAGACAACUAGAACGCAUGGUUACACAGUGGCCCCGUCAACAGGCGCAGACCAAGGCUGCAAUCAAGAAGGCAAGACCCUUGGAGGAAAAGAUCCUGCCUGAUGUCAGGAAGAAAGUCGCAGAGACCGAGAAGAUGCUUAAACCAGCUCUGGAACACUCCAACAUCUCAAGUAGCACGGCAAAGGACGCCGAACAAAAAGCGCAUGCUGUGGUAAAGGAAUCCAAAGCCAUUCUGACCCAGGCUAAGCAUACCAGGACUGCAUCUGCUCACCUUAGCUCCAAUAUAGACUCUGCCUUAGAGCAGCUGUCAGUGCAGGAGUUGCUGACUGAUAGAACUAACACCCAGAUUACCUCAGAGCCUGGGGUGUCUCUGGCCAGCGUAAAGGAAGAUAUGGAAGCAGCCAAGCUCCAGCUAGAGGCCUAUUCUGUUACACUAACUGAGCUAAUCAGCAAGAUUGAUGGGGAUGUGCCACUGGAGCGAUUUCACCGGAUCUUGAACGAGACAGCGCACCGUCUGAGCAUGCUUCGCGGGAGUGUAGAGAGCCCAACGCUAGGCUCAAAGAUCCAGAAGCUGCAAUCGGCCGCUAAAGAGCAGCAGAGCCGUCUGUCCCUCAUUGAACAGGACAUACAGGAGAUCACGGAGGAGAGAGACAGUCUCAGAGACAUUGCCUUAAACCUGCCCCAGUCCUGCCCCGAGGCAACCGGAGCAGGCAAAGGAUAGAUGCUAUAGAUGACGAGCAUUACAUUAUUGAUAGCUGAACAUCAGAAAAGUCUGGGAUGAUCUUGUUAAGAGAAGGAGUUGCAGUGAUUUUGUGUUCAACUUCAGAAAAAGUCUUUUUAGAUUUUUCCUUUUUUGCCCCAAGGUGCAAUUCAUUUUACCUCCACAGCAGACCGACACACACACACACACACACACACACACACACACACACACACACACACACACACACACAACAGCCAAAAGCCCAAGACCUCUCCACUGCCUCCCAUAAUUUAUAACCAAUCUUCCUUCUCCUUCUUGUUUUUAUCGUUUUCUUUUUUUUUACUCAACUCUCUUUUAGUAACAACAUCCGAACUUCAAUUUCACCAUGAAUAAUAAGCAGCCAUUCUGAACUGCUGGAGUGCACUGUCAAGUUUAAAAUAAUGCUGAUUUUCCUUUGUGGGGCUAAAAGGUGUGUCUGAGUGCUCCUUCAGACUGACACAUUCAUUUACACUUGAGCUCUUUUUCAUCACCAUUGCUUAAUUAACAAUUAGUCCCCUUGGCCUCAGUGGAGUUCAGGUCAGGCUUCGACAGCACAGAACCUGUUUUCAGGAUUAUUACAGUGCCUACCUCUCUGUUUUUGCAGUUUCUCAAUAUUUCUGUCUUUCUGUGCCUCUGUCAAAUGGACAAACUUUGCUUGGAGUUGCGCUUCGUCACACUGCGUGGCUCCUGAUGACUAAAACAUAAAAGCAAAGGGUCUUUGCGCAAGUCUUACAACAGGGUUCCAGCAAGUUCAUUAGAAAACGUAAUAAUAGUUUUGCUGUUGGUCUUAAAACAUGCGAUGAUCACCAAAUUACUGUUAACCAGUGUUGGUUAAUUUCAUUAACAAUUUCAGAUGUUUUCACAGCUUCAAGUGUCGUUUCAGGGUAAAGACAAAAAUAAGAAAGAAAACUGUAAAUUGCACUGUCAUACUCGAGCCUGAGUCUAAACACACACUUUUACAGAUUGACUCAUGGAAGUGCUCAAUAAUGCCACUACUGGUACCAGCUGUAGCUGCACAUGACAUUUCUAAUUUAACAAAACAGUUGAGAACUGUGCUUUUAGUAUGUCAGAUUUUUUUUCUUUUUACUUAACUACAAUAACACGAGAUGAGAUUAAAAAUCUCUUUUGCAAGAGAGUCGCAGCCAAUGCUUGGGUCAUUACGCAUUACUUUACUUAAAAGAAAUGCACUAUGUUAGCUAAUUACUUGAUUGAGAAAGUACACUACUCAUUAUAGAGCUACUCUAUAAAAUAACCUGAAAUGCAUUGUCACAUAAUUACUAGUUAAAAAUAUAAGCCUGAGGCUACAGUCCCACACACCAAUAUAAAUCCCUAUUUGAAUACAGAAACACGAGCAAUCUUUCUUUUACUUUUUACAAUAUGAACACAAAACCAACAACACAAAGCAAAGUUUAAAAUCUGACCAAAGAAACUUUAAAGUGAUGGCCAUAACGAUAGAAAUGAAAGACAGAAACGUAGGCUACAAUGCUACAAGCAUGAGUUUGCUACCUUUUGAAGUGUCUGGCUGCGGGGCUGGGGCUGGCCAGCGCUCAGCUUUAACAUCACUCUGGGUUCUUCGCUAGCUUUGUGUUAGCAUGCUGUCUGUGCAGAUGGCUUCAAGGAGCUAAAGUUGUGUUUCUAUUCUGGACUCAGUUUGCGUUUCAUUAUCGCUUGUCCUUUCAUGCAGUAAAAACAAAAGUUAUCUGCAAAAAUGUAGACUACACCAUUUUCCACCUCCCAGCACCAGAAACUGAAAUGAUUGUAGCAUGUUGAUUUUUUCUUUUCCUUUCUAUCUGCCCGGCAGAAAACUGAAGAACCUAACAAGACAAUAGUAACUGUAAUGUAAUCACUGAAUCUUGCAUCAUGCAUAUAUUAGUGUGUUACUGAAAAAUAUAAUGAGAUUAAAACAAUAAUGCUGUUAACAUAUUUUACAUACAAGUAUGAUAGCUAAGGUACAUAUGUAGAUUCUGUCUAAGAUAUCAUUAAAAACAGAUUCACUUUACUCUCAUUUGUGGCACGUAAAAAUAUCACUGUGUAAGGAUUAUUGUACUCCUUCAUAGUUGUAUACCCAGCUACAGGUUAUGGCCUGUUUACAGCCUGACUGUGACACAUAAUUUGGACAUUGAGGUCUUAAAAGGUCCCAAAAGAUACAGGUUUGGAUUUUUUUAAAAUGGUGCAGGAACCCUGUGCAAGACUUGUAAAGCGAUGAUAAUGAUGAAGCGAAGAUAUUAUUUAAAAAUUACAUUGUUCUGCUUUUAUGAAUGCUCAGUCUAAUCAAAUCAAAAGUUAUACCUGUUUUUCAUGCAAGUGCCCCAGUCACAUGUCUGCUUGUAAUAAUUGUAACAAUGCCCGAGUGUAUAAGGCCUGAACCAUAAUGCAAUAAAAUAUACACGAUA